AUGGCUACAUGCCGUCGAUGGAGCAGCAGCGAUUACACUGUCGGCUGUAUAUGCGCCUUACCGUGCGAGCUGGAAGCUGCCAGACGGGCAUUGGACCAAACGCACUACCACGGGCACGAGUUCGAACUGGCCGAAAAUGACCAAAACACAUACACCUACGGAGAAAUCCACGGCCACAAUGUGGUAAUAACGUGUCUACCACCCAGUUUGUAUGGGACAACGUCAGCAGCGAUUGUUGCACAGCAAAUGAAUGCCAGCUUUCGAUCGUUGCAAUACAGAUUCAUGGCUGGGAUUGGAGGAGGUAUACCAAGUGAAUCUAACGACGUACGACUCGGUGAUAUUGUGUUCGAGGAAGUUGGGUUACUGAACAAACCACCUCGGGUCCUUCUCAGCGCUAUUCCUCACAUGCAAACAGACCGGAAUUUUACUCAGCGACUGGCUGCAUCUCUUGCAGCAGUUCUCACAAACGGUGAACUUAUACAAUCCCCAGGAUACCAUUCAGAUCGUCUUUUUAGCUCGAGCUAUCCUCACCCAGAGUCAAAUUCAACGUGUGAAGAGUGUGAUCCGCAAUGGGUAAUACAGCGGGAAAGAAGAUCUUCAGACAGCCCUCGUGUGCAUUAUGGACUGAUUGCCUCAGGUAAUCAAGUGAUGAAGGAUGCAAUCAAGCGAGAUAAGCUUGCGAAGGCUAGAAAUAUCCUAUGCAUUGAAAUGGAAGCAGCUGGAUUGAUGGAUACUUUUGAAUGUCUGGUUGUACGAGGCAUAUGCGAUUAUUCAGACUCGCACAAAAUCAAAAUCUGGCAGCCUUAUGCGGCGGCUUCAGCGGCGGCAUAUGUCAAGACACUCUUGGAAGUUGUGCACCGGCGUCAGGGCCAGCAAACUCCAGAAAAGCAAUUGCAGAUAUCUCCCGAGCUGGAUGAAUACCUGUGUGAAUUAUUCGUAACAGAUCCUAAUGAGAACAGGCGAAGUCUCAUGGUACGCAGAGGAAGGCCGUCGGAAAAUACAUGUCAAUGGGUCUUUGGCACAGAUGAACUGGCAAAGUGGUUAGACCCCAGAGCAGAAGAUAAUUGCCCUGCGGAUAGUGUUCUCUGGCUCCACGGCUUACCCGGAAGUGGAAAGUCAACAAUGGCGAUGUGUCUGACAGAAGGCCUAGAGCAACGGUUUGAAGGUCAUAAGCAGGACCCAUUCGCUUAUUUCUUCUGCGAGGCAAACCAUGACACGCAGAAUACCGCUACAUCCAUUCUCAGAGGACUCUUAUGGCAGCUUGUCCGUCAGAACCCAAUACUUGGAGAUUGCUUGGUUAGGAGGUUUCGUGAACGCAAGGAUACAUUGCUUUCAUCAUUUGAUGCACUUUGGACCACCUUCACAGAUAUAGCUGUUGACCCGAGGUGUGGAGUUUCGUACUGCAUUAUCGAUGCCUUGGAUGAGUGUGACUUUGAAUCUCAGAUGCUUAUCCUUAGGCAGCCGAAACUGAGCUUUUUUGAUCGACCUUCGAAUCAGUUCACUUCAAAUGUUCGAAUCCUCAUCACCAGUCGGCCUUAUAAAGAGAUUGCCACUUACCUCAAGCUAUUUCCUUCGCGGGAUCUUACCACGUUCGAGGAAGGGAAAAGGGACAUUGAUAUAGUUAUUGAACAAAAGGUCGGCGAUUUAGACAUGUGCAAGAACUACCCAGACGGAAUGAGAAGCAGAAUUCAAAAUAUUUUGAAAGAAAAAGCGGAGGGCACGUUUCUCUGGGUUGGAUUGGCAUGCAACGAGUUGAUGAAUGUCGACAUGCAAUAUACACUGUCCUUCCUUGAAAGCCUGGCUCCUGAUCUGAACGCGCUUUAUGCGAAGCUGAUGGAGAAAGCUGUCGAGAGUGAACAAAAGCGAGAGAGAGUUUACUCCAUCCUUGCUGUUGUUGCGGUCUCACGACAAGCACUUACCCUGUCCCAACUCUGCAUGGCCUGCUCUCUGUAUAAAGGAGAGGAGGAAGGCACGAGAAUUAAGUUUACACGAGAAGACGUUGCGGGCUGCCAUCUAAUGGUUGUAGAGAGAGAUGGCCUUGUCAACCUGCUCCACAAGUCGGUGCAGGACUUCCUCUUCAGAUCCGAUCUGACUCAGUUUCCAACCAUUGAAGAGUCGCAUGCUCAGCUCGCAUAUUCUUGCAUCAACUACACGGCAAAGCGCUUUCAGAAACCGUUGUCGGGUCUUGAAAAGCUGCUGGAUGACAUCGAAUAUAGGUUGCAAAGGGCAGAAAACGCUGAUGAUUUAUAUGAUAAAUUCAUAUCAUAUGGUAGUCAAUAUUGGAUGGAGCACGCCGGCCUUGCAGGUUCCACAUUUGAUGUUGGCAAGGUCACGGAGACACAUUUUCUCACCCUUGAAUCUUCGUCUCGCGAACGGUGGUUGCGAUAUUGCCGACUAAGACUUUGUCCCUAUCCUAGAUACCUGUAUCCUGUUCCUAAGAAACUGGGGAUAUUACACAUCGCAGCAAAGUGGGGCAUUUCUCAGUUGGUUACUUUCGCACUUGGUGAACAGUCGGCGAAUGGAGGUAAUUUCUACGUUGACACAGAAUUCCUGACAUCUAAACGCUCUACGCCGCUUGAAGAGGCUGCUAAAUCGGGUAGUAUGGGGUCGCUCACUGAUUUGGUGUCUCGAAGUAAUCCUGCAACAAUUAUCACAGACUCCGUUCUCACCGCUGUAUUUCGCUUUAACUCUAAUCGCAAUGACUUGAUCGCCGGCCUACUUAAGAAUAUAGGCCAUCAGGUCUUUGUGAAUAAGAAACUUGAGAUCGCAGCGGCACAGAACGAUGGGGAAGGGCCGGAGAUAUUGAAACUCCUGUUGGCUCAUCGAGAUAGAAAGCUCCCUGCCAGUAAGCCUCAUAUCAGUGAGUCUGUGCUUGUCGAGGUCGCGAGAAAUAAAAGCAAAGGGAAGCAGAUCAUGGAGUUCAUAUUCAAUUACCUCAAUCAUGAAGUCUCGGUCACUGAACGCCUUCUGGAAGCCGCUGCAGAGAAUACUAAAUGUGCAAAUGUUCUUCUGGACAUGCUCCUUGAUCACUGGAAGAAACCAGAUAUUCCAGAAAGCGUGGUCGCUGCUGCCGCAGGAAAUCGGACAGAGGGUCCUGUUGCUAUCCAGCUACUGCAGAGGCGAACAACUAAGGCAAUUCAACUCACCGAUUCGAUUCUUUACUCCGCUUUCGAGAACACAGAGAACGGCAUCGCAUCUCUGGAGCAGUUAUGGAAAGAAUCAUCACAGCCCACCAUUGUCGGAGAGCGGGCGGUCAGACAUUAUAGAUCUGGAAACGAAUUGGUUCUAUGUUGGGCUCUUUCACAACCAUGUGACUGUGUAGUUCUGUCUAAAGAUGCAACUCGAAGUGUCUGGGCAAACCGGAGCGUCACGGUCAUAAAAAAGAUUCUGACCCAAUGCAGAGAAGGUCUGGAUCUGCCCGAAAAUCUACUGGUGGCCGCCGCGGGUAACGAGUACCAUGGUCCAUCUAUAUUCACAUUUUUGUUCCUGUCUUACUUUCAACAAGUUCAGGUGACUGAGACAAUGGUGGAAGCAGCGGCCAAAUCGAAUAAGAAGACAUUAAAACUAAUUCUGGCACAUAGACCAGCAUAUCGGGAUGUGGUCAGUCAAGAGGCCAUUGACAAUGCUGCGCAUCUGAAGGAUGGAUCAUUGGAGGUUAUGGGAGCUCUGUUCGAUGCUAAGACAGGACCUAUCUGUAUUGGCCAGCAAUUAAUGGAUAUAGUGUUUGAUAACGCUAUGAUGGCGAAUCUCAUUCUAGACCAACCAAACGUCACCGUCGACAUCAAUAGCACUGUGAUUGCAAUUCUAGCAUACCAGGACGGAAAAGAGAACUUGAUGGAACGUUUUCUGACUUUACCGGAACACCGAAUCAAGGUUUCGCGUGAGGGUGUUGAGUCUAUUGUCGAAUAUUAUGGGCGAAAUAAUACUAAGCUGCUCCUUCACCGCGAAGAUAUCACCCUUCCAUCUGACAGUAUCAAAUUCAUCGUUCAACAUCAUGAUGCGGAACUAGUAUCUCUUAUGCUGGAUGAAUGGCAAAUCGAAAUGACCCGGGAACUUCAAUACGCCGCGUGUCGGAAUAGCAACGCUCCUGGGAUCUUGGCCCUUCUCAUAGAGGGUACUUCAGGUGACUUAUCUUUGAAUGAACGAGUGCUGGAGAUUGUUGUUAGUGAAUGUGAACAGCACAUUAUCAAAGAAUAUUUUCAGCGCCUGCUACCUGAUACAUGGACAAGGAACAUGAUCAGUGUUCUUGUAUCUUGCCAAUCGAAAUCCAAAUACACCCAGCCAUUGGUACAAUUACUGUUACAAUGUCACGAAGACGCUUGGAUUGAUCAGCAAGUGACCGAGGAGAUUGCCGAAUGUUGCCAUGAGCCCGUGGUAGCAAUUGCGCUACAGCGAAGCGAGUGGUCCAUGGAUAAUCUGCUGAUGGCAGCCUUGAAUAAUGUAAAUCACGGUAGUGCAGUGUUGAAACAACUCCUGGUUGGCGAUGACAUUCCCAAAUUCAGCAUCAAUGCUGAACUCAUCUACGGCAUGGCGCGAAUCUCGGAUCCAGAGACCAUGUACCGUAUGGUUCAACAACGCUACGAUUCUCAGCCGACUCUGAGCAUGUUCUUGCUUCUUUGGGCGGCCACAGAGAACCGCAAUUCCGGCGAUAGGGUUAUUGAGUCACUGCUGAUCAUCGAUGGUGCUAAUUCAAGCACGAAUGUCUCGGUGAAACAAAAAUCUCCACCGUGA